AUGGCACAAGCAUCCAUUCUGACACAGAAUAUUCCUCUGGAGUAUUUCCCAGCACCCACCGAGGAAGAAAUCCAUCCAUGGUCUCAGACAUCUCGCGUAGUCCUAAGCCAGCCACUCCUCAGAACCUGGGAUGCCCACUCGGCCGUCCAGCCAACCUCAACAAACAGCAUGUAUUCAAGCUGUCCAUGUCAACUACUAGAUACUUUCGAGGCCCGGGCAUUAUCGUUAGCCAUCCACGCCCAUGACAGCAACCAGACACCAACACCGUACAUCUCAUUCACCAUUUGCGCAGAAGAAGCACAGCGACUUGCCCAAACAAGGGCCAGGACGAGGGGCUCUCAGAUGCUUACGGUUAUCAAUCCAAGGGUCCUGGAAGCCCACGGUCGAUACCUUCUCAGUAUGGUUAACGAAAUGCAUUACUAUGGGGUAAGAGACCCACACGGGAUGUUCUAUCAGGACUAUCAAGAUGAAUACCUCUGCCUCUGGGUGGUUGAAGAAGAAGAGGUUGUUGGACAUUGGAAAUGGGACGAGCUCGUUGAGGUGGAUGAUUGGUAUGAAGCCAUCAUCCUGCCUGCGUUCAGAGAUCACGAUGAAAGAUUCACUGCUCGUCUCUCGGGAAUCGGUUCAGAUAUCUCGCCCCAUACAUCUGCGAGUGCUGAGUUGAUAUCAAGGGAACAAACCAGUAGAUGGGACGCAGAUAACCCCCUUGAUCUAGAUUACCCAUCUUAUCAGCAUCAGUACUCGUCGGGUGAAGGAUACAACGAGUCAUUUGAGGAUCAUAGUGAUCUGAACGACAGUUACUACGAGGCUGAGGCUAACUCAAUCGGUUAUUUGCUCAACCUCUCCGAGAAUUAUUAA